GUCUGUCGACCGCUGGCGGGGGAGGGCGGCGGGGAGAGCGCGGGGUAACGCGGGGCCGGCCAAGGCGACAUGAUGCUGGUUAAGUGGUUGAAGGAGGUGCGGGCCCACCCGCCGCCCUGGCAGGGUGUGGUGGUGUGCGUGUGCGGCUUCCUGCUUGAGCUCUCGCUCGGGGCCAUCUUCUCUUACGGCAACCUGACCACCUACAUGACGUCUUACAUGCGGGACCGGGUGGACCCGACCAUCGACUACCCGCAGCUGAUGUGGGUAGCGGCCAGUCUCUCCUUCUUCGAGGGGCUCACUCUCUCGCUCGGCAGCUGGAUGACGAACAGAAUCGGCGCUCGGUGGACGGCUUUCAUCGGCUGCAGCCUGGUCACGUCGGGCGUCUCGCUCUGCUACUUCGGCGUGCAGCAUUCUGUGUGGCUGGUGGCGCUCCUUUUCGGCGUCAUCAACGGCCUGGGCGUCGGCAUUGCCUACGUGGUUCCCCUCAUCUGCGGCAUGUCGUGGUUUCCCACCUCGAAGGGGACAUCGAACGGGUUCAUCGUGGGCGGGUUCGGGCUCGGUGCUCUGGUGUUCAACUCGAUACAGACGGCCUUUCUGAACCCGGACAACGUAUCACCGGGGAAAGAUAACUACUUCACGGACCAGGCGCUGCUGGACAAGGUGCCGUACGUGUUCCUGCUGACAGGCGGCAUCUACGUCGGCCUGCAGACGGUGGCCAUCGCUGGCAUGCUCCGACGCCGGGUGACGCAGACGGACGCGGACGGCAUCGACGUACCCGCGGCCGUGGAGAUGCAGAGCGCGGUCGCGGAGACGCUGGACGACAGCGUUGAGGAGGGCGGCGCCGCCGACUACAACAGCAGCCUGACGCUGCGACAGGCGGUGCGCACGCUGCCCUUCUGGAUGCUGUUUCUCACCUACCUCUGCAACAACCUCUGCAUUGGCUUCAUCAACCCGCUGUGGAAGACUUUCGGACAGAAGUUUAUCCAUGACGACCAGUUCCUGUCGCUCGUCGGCUCGGCGGCGUCGGUGUUCAACCUGUUGGGACGCAUCAUCUGGGGCUUCGUCAACGACAGGGCCAACUACAAGGUGGCCAUGGUGGGCGUGGCCGGGCUGCUCAUGACGACCUUCGCCACGCUCUACCUCACCUCAUACGGCGGCAAGGCGAUGUUCUUCAUCUGGGUGUGCCUCAUCUACAUGUCGUUCCCGGGAACGUUCUCGGUCAUUCCGGCGGAGGUGGCGCACACGUUCGGUCUGCAGCACACUGGCGUCAUCUACGGCAUGAUCUGGCUGAGUGGCGGCCUGGUGGCGCCGAUCCCUGUGUUCUUCACCAGCCUGCUGCUGGAGAAAUACGGCUAUCUCGCCCUCUUCCUCACGUCGGCAAUCUUCCCGACCAUUAGUACGAUCUGUACGGUCGCGUUCAACGGGGAGCGUGUGCGACAACAGCGGCUCGAAGACAAGCCAGCUUGCAUCUAGCGCCGGCCGCUCGCCCCGCCCCUUCGGAUCACGUGCCGUGCUGAGGCGUGCCCUGAGGGCACUUGGCGCGUUCACAUGACCUGGCUGAGCUGCCGCUCGCCGCGGGCAUGUCCCGGAGCAAUCGCCAUGAUCACGUGACCGACGUCGCUCGGUCACUUCACGGCGUGAGCGCUCGGAGCGCGGGGAGGAACUCGGCGACAGUGGCGCCAUCACUGCGAGAGUGCGACAGAGCGUGAGGCGGUGUGUUUCAUACGCUCGGAGCGGUGUUUAAAGCGGGUGGGUCGGCCAGUGCUGCGCCAGGGGAGGGGUGGGCAGCGCCAGCGGCCGGUGGACGCAGCUGGCGUGAGCGCCGGGAGACUCCGCCCUGACCUGUCUAGCCCCCCCCCCCCCUCUCCCUGCAUCACCGUGAUGUCUGCGGCAGGACGGUGCGCUUUAAGCACGUCGGCGUCGCUGGCGUGCUGCUGUGUGGCCAGAGAGGACCUUGCGCUCAGUGGACUGAUACUUCGGAGAUACGGGGCUACUAGGGGUCGCUGCUGCGUGAUGCUGGACAUGCUUGGCAGUGGACUGCUGUCGCUGUCAGGAGGCGGAGCGGUUGAACGAUCGCGAGGCAGUGUCGCUCUGAAGCGGUCUCCUGGGUCGUCUUUUAGGCGCUCGCUCCCCCUGACCAAGUUGCUGGCGAGGAUCGGGGUUCGUAGACUGCAAACUUGUUAAUUUUUUACGAAGCGUGUUUGCGUGUUGUGCUGCGCUGCUGGCAACAUGCGGCAUGCUCAAAUAACGGGAGGGGCAGGCAGAAACCCACGAUCCAGACUGUCAGGAAUUCUGCAAUAGUUCACAGCGAUUGUGUUUGACACCCGUAGGAUAUUGGCUAACUCGAUGCAACCAUGACAGUGACGCUUUGCCCGUCCUGUCCUUCACUGAAAUGAUGUAGUAUAACGAGCGCUGGAGACAACCGACCUUGUCCCUCUCCCCCCGGCACCGCCCCACUCCUUCUAUGGCCUUACCCGUGUUCAUUUAUGCUAGCGUUGUGUUGUGUCUGGUACUCAUGCAGCACCCGGGUUUCCCUGGUAAACACUUAAUAUAUAGAUUGUUUAUUGCGGUUCAGAGGGUCAGAAGUAAAAGGCUUGAAGUAAGCCUGACAUGGUAUGAUGUGGAGUUAGCGGGUGACCAAGGGGAGGCAAACGUAACGUAUGGUUAAGAGUGCGCGCUAUUGUUUUAUGCUAGCUGUUCCCAUGUGCUGCACUUACACGGCACUGGCCGAACUUUUUCACUUGCGGUUCAUGCGAAUAAUGUGGCACGAACCGUAGAAAAGAAGAGCUUGGCGUGCAAAGUCGGGAGAGGCCUAGCUUUACAAAAGUUGCGGCACGCCUUCGUGCUUCCCGGAAAGUUAUGCCCUGCGGCGAUCAUCUCGAGUUUGUGCUUGUUACUGUUCUUGCUGAGGCCCGAUGUGCACCGUGGUGAAUAUUUCAUGCCUGUGCAAUGACCAGAGAUGCCUUCAUAUCACGCGCUUGCUUUCGAGUUUUUUUCUGGGUGAUCCUACUAGUGUCAGCUGUACCGCAGUCUUGCAAAUUAUUUUCAAAUCCCUCUGUGAUUUAACGCCAGCAUUCUUAUAACCAUAGGCUGGAUCGUACUUUGCUGGCCCAUGAACUGUUCCACGUCUCGCUUAGUGGGAUUGGCUGCCUCCCCCAUGUACCACAUGUACCCAUGUGCCGUAAUGAUCUUUCGCAUUUAGGAAACGUCACUACAUUAAGCCAAACCGUAGCUUUAGACACGCCUCAUGAAAACCCAGACUGACUUGUUAACCAUAUGUCUUUUCUUCAGCGUUUUGUACUUAAUGGUGUGCCACCAUGCAGUGCAAGCUGUGACAACGAUGCAAACUGUAGCAACGCGAAGCCGUGUCAGCGUUCGUGGCCGACUGCAGUGUUGGGUCAGAAGCUCAAUACAUUGUAACACCCGGACAGCGACUUGCCUUUUUAGAAAAUAAGUUCCCAAAUCUUUAUUUUAUACAUUUCUGGAAUCAGAGCCCGCGCCCAGCAGGCGCGUUGCGUGGUCUCUGGCACCACCAUCCGCUCGUCAAACUUCACUUCAAAGACAGACAUUUGUGGCGAGUGUUUACCAUGUAACAAUGUUUAGCAUGAAUGUUUAACAUGUUUAACAUGCCUAGCGCUGACG